AUGACACGGGAAAAACAUAAACUUAGUGGUUAUUUUUUGAUAUUGGAAGAAAAAUCUAAUAAAUGGAACAAUUAUGCUAUUUGUCAAGAUUGUAUUCGGGUUUUAGGUUCAGAAGAAGCUUCAAAACAUAAAUUUAUAAAUACCAAGCGUGCAUGUGCAAAUCACCUUAAAAGUUGUUUUUAUUGGGCUGAAAGACAUAUCUCAGAACAAACUAAAAGGGAUGAAGGGGAUGAAGGGGAAGGGGAUAAAGAGGACGAAAGAGGUGGAAGGGAUGUAUUUCAAUUAACUUUUCAUACUCCACUACCACAAUUACCUCCGUCACGAAAUUUAAACAACUUUUUUUAUACAACACCAUCUAUUACAUCACAUAGAAGCAGUGUAAGUAAUAUAUCUAAUAUAUCAUCUCAAAGUUUUGGUUCGCUUGAUAAUUAUGUAUAUCGUGAGUUAAAAUCUGAACAAAUAGAAACAUUUGAACAAUUAUUGUUAAAUGUUACUGUUGCAUGCGGUGGUCGAAUUCUUGAAAGAAUUAUCAACAAAAUUUCAGAAACUAUUCUUAAUGAUGCUAUUAAUGAUGAUCUUGGUGUUAU